AGGAGGACCAGACUGCUGGCUCUUGUUUCCUCAAAUCGCGGUGCAUUGUGGGGCAGAGGCGGCCUUCCUCUCUGUGUCGACACAUUGCAAAGAGCAAUAGUCGGCUACAGGCACAUCUUUCAGUCAAUAACGUGAACGCGCAGGGGCGUCUCGAACAAGCAAAGACAAAAACAAAACAAAACAAGCUUGCAAAGUGUGUGGAUAAAGCCUUCAUUAUUGGUAUUAAUCAGCCGUUUGGUCGACAAACAUGGGGCAGGAGGAUUUCAUGAGCACGGCCGAAGACGUGGCAGACCAGUUCCUGCGGAUGACCAAACAGUACCUGCCUCACUUGGCGCGUCUGUGUCUCAUAAGCACCUUCCUGGAGGACGGCAUUCGCAUGUGGUUCCAGUGGCACGACCAGCGGGACUACAUUGAGACCACAUGGAACUGCGGCUACUUCCUGGCGACGUGCUUUGUCUUCAUUAAUCUAAUAGGCCAGCUCGGUGGCUGUAUCCUCAUCCUCAGUAGAAAUUUUGUACAGCAUGCCUGCUUUGGAUUAUUCGCCAUCAUAGCGCUACAGACUAUUGCCUACAGCAUUUUAUGGGAUGUAAAAUUUUUGAUGAGAAACCUGGCCCUGGGCGGUGGUCUCCUGCUGCUGCUGGCCGAGUCUCGUUCGGAAGGGAAGAGCAUGUUUGCCGGCGUGCCGUCUAUGGGAGAGAGCUCGCCCAAGCAGUACAUGCAGCUGGGAGGCCGCAUACUGCUGGUUCUCAUGUUCAUGUCUCUGGUCCAUUUUGACACCAACUUUUUCUCUAUCCUGCAAAACCUGGUGGGCACUGCCCUCAUUAUCCUGGUGGCCAUCGGCUUCAAGACCAAGCUGGCGGCGCUGACGCUCGUCCUGUGGCUGCUGGCCAUGAACGUCUACUUCAACGCCUUCUGGACCAUCCCCACCUACAAGCCCAUGCAUGACUUCCUCAAGUACGACUUCUUCCAGACCACCUCCGUCAUCGGCGGCCUGCUGCUGGUAGUGGCCCUCGGGCCCGGUGGCGUGUCCAUGGAUGAGAAAAAGAAAGAGUGGUAGGAAGGAAAAAAAAAAAAGCGGCUACAUGGCACCACUGACCGGGACUCAAAGACACCCCCCUCUCCUCUCUCUAUUGGGUCACCUGGAUACACAGGGUUUACGCUAUAUUUCUUCAGUUAUUUUUUUGGCCAAAGCCAUAGAUACUGAUUCACCUUUUUUACGUUUUCUCAUGUCACAAUUCUCAUUGGAACAUGGAUAUAUUCUUUCUAAACUAGUAUGCGAUUCCCAAUGACAGGAAGGUGAAAUAGGCCCAUAUAUUUCAAGCUAAAACUCCUCAUUGUCCUGUGAACACAUUUUGUUUUAUUGGUGUUAUCGUGGAUUGGGAUUUCCCAGACAUUUUGUCGAUCUGAAACUUUAAAUGUUUCCUCUCGGGAACCCAAAUGUACUUUUUUUUUUUUUUUUUCCCCUCUUUUUUUAAAAUUAUAAAUUAAUGACACGAGAAUCAAAAAUCCCUUCUGCCAAGAAAAUGUGUGCCUGCUUGAUGAUCCAUAAAAUUGAAUUGUACUCUUGACAAUUAGGGACCCAUUAAAAAUGUAAGUUUGGGAACUCCUGAUGCAAGAUGGACAUUCAUACUUGGCAAAGGGUAGAAAAAUGCAGUAGCGACUUACUUGGACUCACCAGGUGUCAGGUCCUGCCUUCCUUUCAGCCGUAUACCCUCAAGCCCAGCAGCCGACUAGCAAACCAUGUUCGUCUACUCUAGGGGAGGGUUGGGGAGGGUGUGCAUGAUAUACAAAAUGGGGGAUUGUCAUGCUCCAUUUGAAAAUCGCAACACAGCUGUUAGAGCCAGGACCCGUCAUUGGGCAAUUUGCUUUGUAUGUGCGGUGAACUGUGUAUGUUGUAGGGGGGGAAGGGAGGGAGGUUACAGGUGGGAGGCUGUCAAUGUUUUGUCAAAUGCCAUAUUCUGUGAUCUAGAAAAACAAAGAGGACUAAGCAGACUUUUUUUUGGGGGGGGGGGGGGUCCCUCUCCGCUUAGUGUUUUUUGGCUCAGUUAAAGGAAAAUAAAAUAUUCAGUUUUGUUUUUCAGAA